AGCCAUCAGCUCGCGCAGGCGCCCUAGUCCCACAGCUGCGUCCGGCCUGGCCCAAUCCCCCGCUCCCGGGGUGCCGUGAUGCCGCUGCCGCCGCUGUGCACUUUGCCGCUCGGCCCUGGGCCCCCGCGCUUCGUGUGCUACUGCGAGGGGGAGGGGAGCGGGGCCGGCUUCAACCUUUGUGUGACGGACGCCGCGGAGCUCUGGAGCACCUGCUUCACACCGGACAGCCUGGCGGCCCUCAAAGCCCGUUUUGGCCUGAGUGCGGCUGAGGACAUCGUCUCCCGGUUCAGGGCAGCCUGCAAGCAGCAAGCUGUGACUUUCACCCUGCAGGAGGACAGAGCAUCCCUGACCCUUUCAGGGGGGCCCUCGGCACUGGACUUUGACCUCUCCAAGGUGCCGGGCCCAGAGGCUGCCUCCAGGUUGCAGGCACUGACAUUGGGCCUGGCAGAGCGCGUGUGCAGCUUGGAGCGGCAGCUGGCAGCUGCGGAGGAGACAGCCGCCAGCCCAAGGAAGAGCCCCAGGCUGGUGGGGCCUCAGCUCUUCUUACCAGACCCAGAUCCUCAGAGAGGGGGCCCUGGACCUGGGGUCAGGAGAAGGUGUCCAGGAGAGUCCCUCAUCAACCCUGGCUUCAAGAGUGUCACCCGCUCUUCUCUCCUAGUAAGAAACCAGCCAGUGGUGUAGACUUUGACGACCCCUGAAGCUGCAGCAAAAAGUGUGACCCUGCCAGGAGUCCACCUUUGCAGAGAGGGGCAGCCCCUGGGACCACCACUGGAGACCACACCACCGCCACCUGCCCGUCCUGCUGGCCAGCAGGAACAGAACUGCUUCUGGAGCCCCUUCCACGUCAAAUAAAUGGCUUUCUCAGGUGAA